GCUGCCCGCGCCGUUCCGCGCCGGGGAGCUGGCGCUGGCGGAGCUGCGGAGGAAAUACCACAGGACGCUGAAGGUGAUGUGCCGGCUGGCGAGCGGGGCGGCGCUGACCAGCCCCGCCGGGGUCCUGCAUCACGGCGACAUCAUCGGGAAGACGCCCGGGCAGGUGCUGCGGACUUCGGCCGGGGCGAGGGUGCUGCUGAGGAGGCCCUCGCUGGAGGAGUACGUGCUGCUCAUGCCGCGGGGGCCCACCAUCGCCUACCCCAAGGAUGUGAGUGCGAUGUUGAUGAUGAUGGAUGUCCACCCGGGAGACACCGUGCUGGAAACCGGCAGCGGGUCUGGCGCUAUGAGCUUGUUCCUGUCACGAGCAGUUGGGCCCAAAGGACAUGUUAUAAGUUAUGAAAUCAGAGAUGAUCAUCAUAAUUUAGCUAAGAAGAAUUACAGACACUGGCGAACUGCAUGGGAAAUAGGACACACGGACAAGUGGCCGGAUAAUGUGGAUUUCAUUCUUAAAGACAUUUCAACAGCUGCUGCAGAUAUGAAAUCUGUAACACUUGAUGGAGUAGUUCUGGAUAUGCUUAACCCUCAGUCUGCUCUGCCUGUUGUACACCCAAGCCUGAAACAGGGUGGUGUGUGUGCUGUGUAUUUAGCGAACAUCACGCAGGUUAUUGACCUUUUAGACAGAAUACGGACCUGCAAGCUUCCUUUUUUGUGUGAAAGGAUUGUUGAGGUAACUCACAGAAACUGGUUAGUAGUCCCUGCUAAAAUCAAGAAUUGCAAAUCAAGCCAAAUGGUGGAAACUCAAGAAAAUACUGAAGAACCACCUCAAAAGGAAUAUGAAGAAAUCCACAUUGAGGAUCAAGCAAUUCUUAAAGAAAGCGAAUACAAUGAGUCACUUUCUGAGGAUGCUGAAACAUAUCACUCGGUGCCUUACAUCGCUAGACCGUCUUACUGGCAGGAAGCUCAUUCAGCAUUCCUUGCCAAGCUGAGAAAGUUUCGGCCACUGCUUUCUUGAUGCUGCUGCUGUGUUAGCUUCUAAUUUGAAUAUUGUAUCAGAAUAAAAUAAAACAUUACAAAGUAGCUGCUA